CCAAUUUUCUCUCCGGCGUUGUAUUAGUUCCCUUCAAUCUCUGUCUAAACCUAAACAAAAAAAAAAAAGGGGGGGGAAAUAAAAAUUUUAGAAAAGAAAAUAAAAGAAAGAGGAUUCAUGUAAGCUUCCCCUCUCUGGGGUUCUCUUUCUCUUCUCCAGCUUUCGAAGAUCCCUACCACCAAGGGAUCUCUCUCAGGACCUAAGUAUGUUAAGGAGGACGGUGAAGGGUAUGAGCUUAGAAGAUCACGCCUUCUCCACCAUGCAACUAUGGCUGUAUUGAGCAGCUAAGCAAAAUGGAAGUUUGCUGCCCUUAUUUUGACCCUGAUUUUGAGAACUUCAAUGAGAGGAUUUAUGGCCCAAGAGUUUAUGUAGAUAACGAGUCUUGUGACAAAUGCACCGUAGUGAAGGUGGAUAGUCUCGACAAACAAGGACUCCUACUUGAAGUGUUGCAAGUAUUGACUGACAUGGAUCUCUUUAUUUCAAAGAGUUAUAUAUCAUCUGAUGCCGGAUGGUUCAUGGAUGUCUUUCAUGUGAAAGAUCAACUUCGUAACAAGAUCAUGGAUAAGCAAGUCAUUAGUUAUAUUCAACAGGCCAUAGAUGUUCGUAGAGGUCUUCAAAAUCCAACAGUGGCGAACUUCGACAAAAACACUAUGCAAAACGGACCCUCCAAAGAUCACACUGCCAUAGAAAUGAUAGGGAUCAACAGACCGGGUCUUUUCUCAGAGAUUUCAGCUGUCCUUGCCGAGCAAAGAUGCAAUAUUGUCGAGGCCCAUGCUUGGAGUCACAACAUGUGCCUUGCCUGUGUCGCCUAUGUCUCUGAUGAAUCCACCUUAACCUCCAUCGAUGACCCCAACAGGCUUGCCACCAUUGAAGGCCACCUCUCAACUGUCCUCCAACCCUCAAGCACUUUUUUGGAUAAUGACCAUAAAGGGGUCAAGACUCGAUUUCUUGGAUGUAAUAGCUCAAUGAGUCAUAUGGAACGAAGGCUUCAUCAACUCAUGUUGGCUAAUCAAGAUUUUGAUGAUCCAUCAGGGACCACAAGCCCUUCGUUCUCAUCGAUGGGUGUGAAUGAUGUUGAUGAGGAGGAAAGGAGGAUGUUGGUGUCAAUUGAUAGGUGCGGUGAGAAAGGGUACACAAUCGUAAAUGUCCAGUGCAUGGAUCGGCCGAAGCUCAUGUUUGAUAUAGUUUGUACGCUUACGGACAUGCAGUACGUUAUCUUUCAUGCUUCCAUUGCUUCUCAUGGGUCAUUUGCGUAUCAGGAAUACUAUAUUCGGCACAGAAAUGGUUACAUGCUGAACACUGCCAAGGAGAGACAACUAGUCUCAAAAUGCUUGGAGGCUGCUAUAGAGCGGCGAGUUUGUGAGGGAGUUCGACUUGAACUAUGGGCACAAAACAGUGUCGGAUUACUUCCCUGCAUAACUCGAAUCCUUCGAGAAUAUGGACUCACCGUUGCUAGGGCAGAUAUCGCAACCCAAGGCGAAAAAACAAAGAAUGUGUUCUAUGUUCAGGAUAUCUCUGGUGAUAAAGUCGACAUGGAAAUAUUAGAGCUUAUGAGGAGAGAGUUGGAGCCAUUGGCAUUCAAUGUGAAGAAUGAACUGUUAUUGCCCCAGAGGAUGAACACAAUAGAAAGAGAGAGUUUCUCUUUUGGUGGUCUGCUUAGAUCUCAGUUAGAGAGAUUAUCUCACAGCUUUAUUUCGACAUGAGGGUGAGAAUGACAGUGAGAGAUGCUUUCUUUUUUGUGCAACGUGUGUGUAUUUGGCUGAGUUGUCACAGUGUUUUUGUACAUAAGUGAAAUCUGUGAAAUGCAACCGGCUUUUUUUUCUCACCA